UGCACUGACUGACAGCAGAUGGGGCGGAAAAUGACGACAUUGUCUGUGUAGCAGGAAGCUUUGAUCUGCAGGGCUCUGCUGUCUGUAAUAGUCCCCUCCUUCCUCAGGCUUGCAUCCUUCCUGAUGGACUCAGCAAAGGGCUCUAUGCAACACACAAACAAAGCAGAUCUGAUUGGGAAGCUUUUUGAUUGUUAUUUCGUGCUAUGGUAAUACUGCUGUCAGCAGAACUGAGGACACUCUGACACGUCCUUGGGUCCACACAGCGUCUGUCUCCACUGGAGAGAGCCAGGAGGAGGGAGAAGCUGCGCUUGCUCAGUGUUACCAGCUGGGGAGUUCCUGGCUGUAUCUCUCUCUCUCUCUCUUUCUCUCUCCCCCGUCUCUGCUUGUUGGGAAUCAGCUGGAAGGUUCCGUUUUAUUUUGUAGAGGGCGGCACAAGUUGAUCGCGGAUUGCUCGCGGAAACGGCCGAAGAUGAAGUUCAGAUAUUAACAGGCACACUCAGUGGCGUUUGUGCGGAGCUCUGCGCUCACUGACUUAUAUUUUCCCACCAAUUUUGUUUUAUUAUUUGAAGAAAGAACGUUAAUGUUUCUUUUUUGGCCAGAGCUCGCUAGAUGCCAGGCUGUGUGAAACAACAUUGAGUAAGUUGUGCGUCGUGAAUAAUGCCCAGCCGAGUGAACGAGGGGAGUUCAGUAUGAGGGACAGGCCUUGCCUCUGGCUCAGAGCUUAAUGUUGCCAUGGCAGCCACCAGAUUGUUCGAUACUUCUGAUGCUGUGGAACUCUUCGCUCCUCAGUGUCUAUACUUGAAACCGAUUGCAAGGCUGACAAUCAAUGUGAUAUUUCCCAAGACUAAGUUAUCCUCAAGACUCAUUUCAAACUGGGAAGUGAUGGAGACCCUGAAGAAAAUGGCAUACCCAGAUCAGAUUACAUCGCUCAAAGUCUCACGCAGCACAAUGGACUUCAUUCGCUUUGAGGCAGAGGUUGAAAAUAAGAAUCAAGUUCAAACUGUUUGGGAAAAGUUUAACAACAAAACUAUUAAAGUGAACGGUAUCAAUGAGACAGCGAAAGUGCUGGCAGUUGUAACUCAAGUCAACUUUCCCAGCCCGUGUGACUGGGAGUCCUUUUUUAAGACUGCUGACUGCAUGAAUGAGGCUUUGCCUGGUGAGAGACCUGACACUAUCCAUAUGGAAGGGCUACCGUGCAAGUGGCUCUCUUCAAAGCAGCUCAAUAGGGAAAAGCCAAUGGAAGAGAUCCUUCAAAAGGUCUUUGGCAGAUUUGGAAAGAUCCGAAAUGUUGACAUUCCCAUGUUGGAUCCCUAUCGAGAGGAAAUGACAGGGAAGAAGUUCAACACUUCCAGCCUUGGCGGCCUCCCCACCUUCGAAGCAUACAUCCAAUACCAGGAUUAUUCAGGCUUUGUGAAGGCGAUGGAGUCCUUACGGGGAAUGAAGCUGAUGCACAAAGGGGAUGAUGGAAAGGCAGUGGCAUGUAACAUAAAGGUGACCUUUGACACAACCAAGCACCUUAGCGACUCGGCUAUUGAAAAGCGAAACCUGGAGAGGUUGAAGCUGCAAGAGUUGGAGAAGCAGCGCGAGGAACAAAAGCGGAGGGACAAGGAAGAGGAACAAGCCAAGGAGGCUGAACGGAAACGAAGGGAGGAAGAGCGGGAAAAGGAGAGGAAACGGAGAGAGAAGCUGAGGAGGAGGGAGCACAGGCAGAAAGAGCAGGAGGAUAGACACCGCCUGAGCAGACAAUCAAAGCUAAACCUGGAGAAUGAGAAAGAGCAGAAGGAGGUCACUGCAUGGGAGGAGAGAAAGCUGGUGCUCGCUCAGAGGAAGCUGGACUCUUACAGGCUUCUCACUGUGCUUUUAAACAGUGCAAAAUUGUUCUUGCAGAAGGAAGUGAGAUUUCAGAAGAGACAGCUUCCCGAGAAUGACACUGCAAAAUUUCGCCAGAAAAGGGUGAAACGUGGGCAUGUGGAGGAGAACGAGCAGAAGAAACCAGGUGAAGAUGUUGCCGAGAAGGAAGGCUUUCAAAACGUGGAGGCUUCAGAAUGGAUGAAGGUUAAGACGUGGCAAAGAAACGUGGAUGGGGAGAAGCACAAGUCACGUUCUGGAGAAAAAGAGACUUUGAGCUCACAAACCAACGACUUUCCAAUCACAACCUCACUGCUAGACCUGGGUCCCAUUGACUCCAAGGAACAGCAUUGCCCAGUCAAGGGAAAGGUCUCAACACCUCAGCAAUCUGGAUCACUACAAAUCACUGUAAUGCAAGGUUGUGGCACUCACUUUCAUAAGCAGCCUGCAGGAGGUGACGAUACCCAUCCAUGCAAUGGGCACUCACGUAAGGUCACUGCUGUAGACCAACAGAUCCGCCGCCCCCUUUACCACUAUGAAGAUUUUGUUAGUUGUUUACUGGAUUACCACCAGCUAGCGUGCCCUUCGAACCUCAAUCUCUGCUGUGGCACCAACAACCCCAUUAACCACUCCGAGUGGCGGAGAACAGUCUUUGAUGAUGGGAAAAGCUUCCGAAUAGACUUGAAGAACAAACUGAGCCAUCUUUGCACCAAGGUUAGCAUCACACCGCAAAACAGAUGGCGAGAUUAUGACCAUGACAGCAGCUACAGAUGGACUGUCACCAUCAGCAAGUCUGGCACCAAGCAGAAAGCCUCGAGCAGUAGUGCUGGCCAUCAGCUGAAAGAAUAUGACCGCGAGUUCAAGGUGCAGUGGAAGGAUUCAGGCAACCAGUUGGAUUUUCGGGAAGAUUUUAAUGGUGGGUGCCAAUUACACUUAAAAGAUACAGUUCGUUGCUCAGGGCAAAGAAGUGCUGUUUCUGCCUGUGACCUGGUGAGCCAAGAAGAGGAUUUAGUCUGUACCUCUGAGGACCUGUAUUCCAGCACCAAGGAUCUAUGGACUUCUUCCCAUUCAGGCUUCAAAGAACCAUGGAAAAAUCCAACUAGCAAUUGGAAAAUUUCAAUUAAAAACUCUCAAAAUGAUUGGGUUGUACCAAGGUUGGAGGAUGAUAACCUGCCCAGGAAUUCAAGCAAAAAGUACAAUAAACAACAGGUGCCUCACUGUGAGGUAACCAAGAUUGCACCAGGAUGUUCUAGCCAAGAUGGCACAGAUGGGCUGAAUCAAUCAGAUAGUAUAGUAAAGCACAGUCACAAGAAUAAUUCUUAUGAAUUCAGUGCUGUGAACAGCUGGUCAAAUUGUAAGUCAGGAAUACACCAAGAAGCCUUGAAAUAUAAGCUUAAUAAAAAAUAUCGAACAUGCAGCAAUGAUGUAAAUCCAGCUCCCAAUGGAUCCAGGAGUGAGCUAAAAUAUUCCUGGAUAGAAGAUGAAAGCAAGUUAAAAGAAGAACAUUAUGUUUCCAGCAAACCUUGUGGACACCAAAGGAAAGGCUUCCGGAAAGGAUCUGGGGAAAAUGUUAGUGAAGAGGCGGACUUGGAUUGUCAGCUGACUAGUUGUUCUGAAGUCUUCAGUGCUGAAACAACGCACAAAAAUAAAGAAAGCCACACUGCAAUCAAGCAUUGUAAACGCUAUCAAACAAUGAAAUGCAUUACUGCAAUUCAUCGCUGGUUUUGUUUCCACCGUUUCCUGACAAGCCUCAGAAAUCCCAAUGCAUGCACAUAG